UUUUUAAAUUUCCUUUCUUUUUAUAUUCUUUUUCUAUAUAUCGUUUGCUUGCAAAUAAUAUAUAAACUAAUUCUUUCAUUCCACAUUUAUAAAUAGUCUUAUACAUAUACAAGUACAUAAAUACAUAUAGAUAUCACAAAGUGAAAUGGAUGUCAAAAACUUGCUUAAUGAUACAGUCGAGCUAUAUGAAAAGCGAAACUUUGACUAUAGUUAUGCAUCUCCUUCAAUGUCAUGGUCAAGCGCAUCCUCGAUUUCUUCUUCAGACACUGUACCAUCUUCACCUACAACCUUCCCUGGUAAACCAAAGGAACAACAACAGCAAACACGUAUCCCUUGGACUGUCGCUGAAGAUUAUUUGCUACAAAAGGGUUAUCUGCAAGGACUCUCCUGGGCAAUGAUCUCCGCCAAGUAUUUGCCGCAUCGUUCUCGAGGCUGCUGCUGGGGUCGUUUCAAGACAUUACGCGCAAAGAGCUCUCAAAGAAAGGGCUGGUCGGUGAACGAAGACCGUAUCUUAUUAAGCUCAAUCAAGAAAAACACGCACUUGUUCAAGCAAGCUUGGAGAUCUGUUGCACUCGAUUUGAACAACCGUGAUUGGAAGGAAUGUGAACUUCGCUCAGCCUGUAUCAAUCUCAUUAACCAUCAAGUAGAAAUGCCUUGAGUAGUUAUCAUCUUCUUUUGCAGUAUAUACCAAAUCUUUUGUUGAACGAAGAACAUUACAACUAUACCCCCCCUCGCAAUUCAUUACUAAACCAAAAAAAAAGCAUUAAAUUCCUCCCUAUAUCGUUGUUGACAACGAUAUAUCUCCAGUUACAUAUACACAACACGCAUAAUACACUCAUACAUUGAUCACUUUCUUCAAUCUUUCAAUCGUUUAUCUUGCAUUCUCUUCCUUUUGAAUAUAUUGCAACCAUUAAGCUAAUAAAAUCC